AGAGAGCAAGGGGUAGCGAAAGGCUCCGCCCUGCGCUGGGGACGCUGGGGUUGGUGACGUCGCAGCGGUGCGAGCGCCCGGAGCCUAUGUUCUUUUUGUCCGGAGGGCCAGUUGCUAAGUCAAGGAUCUCGUGUUUCCCAGGUUGGCCUCAAACUUUCUCUUAGCUGAGGAAGACCUUGAACUUCUGAUCCCGCUACCUAAAUCCACCUCCAGAGUGCUGGGAUUAAGGGAGUUUUUGGCCUUUGAGGAUGUGGCUGUGGAGUUCAGCCAGGAAGAAUGGGUUUUGCUGGAUCCUUCUCAGAAGAAACUGUACAGAGAUGUGAUGCUGGAAACCUGCAAUAACCUUACUUCUAUAGGCAUCAAAUGGGAAGACCAGAACAUUGAAGACCAGUACAAACGUUCUUGGAGAUACCUGAGGAGUUGCAUGAUAGAUGCAAUUUAUGAGCACAAAGAAGGUGGUCAGUUUCAAGAAACCUUUACCUGGAUACCAAAUUUCCGUAGGAGUACUAACAUUUCUACUGGAGUAAAACCAUUUCAAUGUGGUGUGUGUGGAAAAGUUUUCACGGGCCAUUCAUCCUUUAAUGAACACAUCAUGUCUCACUUAGGGGACAAACCAUCUGAACACAAGUAUGGUUCAUGUGGAAUAGAGCAACAAAGUCAGAGUGUUGAAAAAUCCUAUAAACAAUGUGGAAUGGCCUUCGUUUGUCACUGUUCACUUUCUGUAGAUGGAAGAACCAACAGUAAAGAUAAAUGUUAUAAAUGUGAACAAUCCAGUAAAGCUCUGAGUUCUUCCAGUUCCCUUCCAAGUCAUAAGACAGUUUAUACUGCAGGAAGAACCUAUGAAUGUGAACAAUGUGGAAAAUCCUUCAGACAUGAGAGUUCAUUUCUAUUACACCAAUUAACUCACAUUGGAGGGAAACCCUAUGAAUGUAAACAAUGUGGGAAGGCCUUCAGAUGUCACAAUUAUCUUCAAUUACAUGAAAACUUUCAUAUGGAAGAUAACCCCUACGAAUGUAAACAAUGUGGGAAAACCCUCUGUUCUCCCAGUUCCCUUCGAGUUCAUGAAAGGAUUCACAGUGGAGAAAAACUUUAUGCAUGUAAACAAUGUGAUAAAGCUUUCAAAUGUCAAAGCUACCUUCGAAUACAUGAAAGAACUCACACCGGAGAAAAUUUCUAUGAUUGUAAACAGUGUGGUAAAGCUUUCAGAAGUCACUGUUCCCUUCAAAGACAUAAAAUAACUCAUCGUAGGAAAAAACCUUAUGCAUGUAAACAAUGUGGUAAGUCCUUCACUUAUCCAUAUUUACUUCAAACACAUGAGAGAUUUCACACUAGAGAGAAACCAUAUAAAUGUAGGAUAUGUAGUGAAACCUUUCUUUGUUCCCCCUUUCUUCAAAGACACAAAAGAACUCAUACUUGGGGAAAACCCUAUAAAUGUAAACAGUGUGGUAGAGCCUUCAGAAACCACAGUUCCCUUCGAUUGCAUGCAAGGGCUCAUACUAUAGAAGAAUCUUACAUAUGUAAGAUAUGCAGUAAAGCUUUUCUAUGUCCUCCUUUCCUUCAAAGGCAUGAAAAAACUCACACUGAGGAAAAGCCCUUUGAGUGUAAGCAAUGUAGUAAAAUCUUCAGAGAUUGCAGUGCCUUCCAAGUGCAUGAAAGAUCUCAUAUUAGAGAAAAGCCCUAUAAAUGUAAGCUAUGUAAUAAAGCCUUUUUUUAUUCCUCUUCCCUGGAAAGACAUAAAAAAAGUCACACUAGAAAAAAAUGUUAUCCAUGUAAAUAUGCAUGUAAACAAUGUGGUCAGUCCUUCAUUUUUCCCUGUUUACUUGAGAAGCAUUUAAGAACUCACACUGCUAAAAAACUCUAUGAAUGCAAGCAGUGUGGUAAAGCAUUUAGGAGUCUCACUUAUGCUCGCAUACAUAAAAGAACUCACACUGAAGAAAGACAGUAUGUAUGUAAACAGUGUGGUAAAAGUCUCAGUUGUCCUGGUACUCUUCAGUUACAUGAACUAACUCAUACUGGAGAAAAACUCUAUGCAUGUCAACAAUUUGAUAAAACUGUCAGAAGAUUCAGUUAUUUUCAAGUACAUGAAGGGGCUCAUACUGAAGAAAAAGCUUACAAAUGUAAGCAGUGUGAUAAAAUUCUCAGUUGUUCAACUUCACUUCAGCUACAUGAAAGAAUCCAUACUGGAGAGAAACCACAUGAAUGUAAACAGUGUGGUAAAGCCUUCACAGCCCUCAGCAAUCUUCAAGUACAUGAACUAUCUCACACUUAUGAAAAACCCUAUGGAUGCAAGCAACAUGGUAAAGUUUUCAGUCUUAGUAAUCUUAUUCAGGAAAGAAAGAAAGCUGAAGCCAGUCUCUGUGAAUGUAAACAGUGUGGUAAGUCCUUUCUUUCUCGAUAUUUACUUCAAAUGCACGAAAGGUCUCAUUCUGCAGAGAAACGCUACGAAUGUAAGGUAUGCGGUAAAAGCUUCAUUUAUCCAUCAUUUCUUCAAAGACAUGAAAGAACACACACUGGAGAAAAACCCUAUGAAUGCAAACAGUGUGGUAAGGCCUUCAGAGUUCAGAGCUCCCUUCGAUUACAUGAAAGAACUCAUUCUGAGGAAAAACCUUAUGAAUGUAAGGACUGUGGUAAAGCCUUCUGGCGGCUCCCUUCUCUUCAAGUACAUGAAAGAAUCCAUACAGGAGAAAAACCCUUUGAGUGUAAACAAUGUGAUAAAACCUUUAGGUGUCACAGUUCCCUUCAAAGACAUGAAAGAACUCAUAGUCGUGAAAAACCAUAUGAAUGUACACAGUGUGGUAAGGGCUUUAGAUGUCACCGGUCCCUUCAAAGACAUGGAAAAACUCAUGCUGGAGAAAAAGCCCAUGAAUCUGGACAGUGAGCAAAAAUUUUUUGACUUUCCAAUUUCUUUCUAGUGUUUGAAAGUAAUUCAUGGGAAGAAAUUCUGGUGGUAUAAAACAAAUGGUGGUGGUGUUUUUAAUCAUAGACUUAUUGAAAAAGACCUAUCAAUAAUAGUCAGUGAAUGAAGAUGUUUAGUUGUAAGCCCAACAUGGUGAAUGCCUUUAAUCAAAGCACUAGGGAGGCAAAGGUAGGCAGAUCUCUUGCUCAAGCCUACUCUGCAGAGCGAGGCACAGGACAACUAGGGCUAUACAGAGAAACCCUGUCUCAAAAACAAAAGACGUUCAGUUCCAUUAGAAGACGAGCAAAAGUUUGAGGAUACCUAAUUUUUCAUAUAUCCUCUUGAAUACACAAUAAUGCAAAUAGAGGUAGCUCAUAAAAAUAAGUGUUGGAUUGAAAAUAGUCUGGAAAGUAAAGUUUGUAAAACAUAACUACACUGAAAGUCAUGAAGAAGACUUGGAAGUAAACCAUAUAUAUUUUGAAAUCCUCAUGCAAAUUAACAUAAUGCUCAGAUUUUUUUUAUUAGUGUAUUCUUAUAAGGUUAGCAAUAUGUUGUGUUCGAUUUGCAAUUACUGGUGAUCGUAGAAGGGCUAGUGGUGCAGCCCUGUAGUGAUAGUUACUCAGGUGCCUGGUGGAGGAGAAUUGCAAGCUCAGGACCUACCCAAGCAAUGUAAGCCCCAUUUUGCAAUCAAAAGUUGAAGAGUACUGAGUAUGCUACUAAUUAGGUAGAAUACUUAGCUGGCAAGCAUGAGACUGUAAAUUCAAUUUCUAGUCCUCUUACUAAAAGAGUAAGAAUCCCAAGAGAAUGAGUUGCCAUUUCUUUUAGAGAGGCAUACAUUAAAAUGAAAGUUGUUAAUUAUUCAACACUAGAGAUAGUUUGUGAUACUUUGUUGGACAAUUUUAUAACUGAAGAUCAUUGUGUCUUCUGUUACUUUUCCUGGUGCUAUGAUAAAAUGUUUCAACAAAAAGAAGCUAGGAAGGGUUUUUCUUUUGGCUCAGAGGUUAAGCUGUGUCACAGUUUGACAUGGCACGGAAGUUAGAGCAGGAGUAGCUUGUGACAGCUUGCCACACUGCAUCUGUAGUCAAGAAACAGCAAUGAGUAGCCAUGAUCACCUAGAUUUCUCUCUUACACAGUCUGGAACCCAAACCCAGGGAAUAAUGCCACCUCCUUCACAGUGGGUCUUCCUGUCUCAGUUUAAACCCCUUACAGGCAAACCCUGAGGCUCAUCUCUCAGGGGAGUCUAGAUCUUCUAAAAUGAUGUCAACUAUCACAAAUAUAUUACAUACUGCUCCAAACAUGGGCAGUAUGUUUUUUAUUUUAGGCAAAGGUAAAUACUUAUUUAGGAAACUGAAAAUAUUUGGUGUAAAUAUGUGAAAGGAUAAUGGUAUAAGGAUAAGUGCUACACUUAAUGAAGGCCCCAUAUUUUAAGUGGAGUCUUCUGGACUAGAUGUUGCUCUGGCUUGUCUGUGAGUUAUUGUUUAGUCAAUGUUAAGGAUAUUACUGUACACUAAGAUUAUUACUAGUAACUUUAUAAAUAUUUUAGACUUAGAUUUUAUUGUUUGUAAAAUAUUUCCCUUAGAAGAUUAGUUUAAAACUUUUUCACCUUGCAAAAUUAAAAAAAUUGAUACUUUUUUAGACACUCAUCAGUGUGCAAGUAAGAAUUUAGUAUACCUUGGAAUAUAUUGUGUUAGAAAGCUUGAUUUUAAACUUUUCUAACUUACCAAAAUGUAUUUUAUAAAGUUUUUUAGUGAAUUUUAGUUUAGAAUUAUUUGAUUUGGGAUUAUACAAUAGUUUCUAAAAUGGUUCUAAAUGUACUUUUGACAUUUUGUACUAAUUUAUAUAAUGGACACUCAGUAUUCAUGACUCAACUUUUGACAACUUGGUUCUCUAUAUUUUGCAUUCUAAAAUACUAAGCAAAGAUUUUUUUGAGACAAGGUAGGUCUGACCUAGAACUCAAUAUGUAGACCAGGCUGACCUUGAAUUCAGAGGUUCACCUGCCUUGGCCUCCUGAGUUGCUAGGAUUAAAGGCAAGUGCCACAUUCAGGUAAGAUUUGUAUGUAAAAAUAAGCCUCUCAUCUCAUUAGUAUGAAAAUUUGCUUUCAUCUUUAAUAAAUAGUAAAAUUAUGUUUAUUAAAGAAUUUUAAAAAUAGAUUUAUUUUUAAGAAUGUUUUAACUUACAGUCAUUUUGUGUCUAUGUGUGUAUAAAGAGAAGCAAUAUAGCCAGAAGCUGAUUCACGGGGUGUGAAGAGUGGCCAAAUAAAAUUUUGCUUCUGUCACAUUGA